AUGUCGUGCCUGGAGGAACAAAUCACAAAUGGAGUCAUACCCACGUCUGAUGCAAGAUCACGAGAAAAAGCUGCCAAGGCCAAAGAGCUGAAAGGAAAAAUUCUGAAUGUUCACUUCUUGUUAGUGUUAUCAGGUUUGGCUGACAUCUAUUCCCAGUUUGGUGUAGUGGUUAACAUAAUGCAGUUGGUACAGUUGCUGCCUCAUGAAAGGUUUGAUCGUUUCAUGAAAGCUGUGGAUCUUUUCAAAAUAAUGGAGCAGUCCCUAUACAAUCUCUAAAAACUGUUCCUAACGACAUUCUCAAAGGACAGUAGAGAGAGUUCCUCAAAAGGUUAGAAAAACUCACAGCUGCAUUCACAUCAGUUCAACUUAAAGAUCUUGAUCCAAAAUAUCUCAUAAAAAAAUUCUUCGACCCAAAAGAGAAUUUGUAUACUAACAUCGAGAUGAUAAUGCAAGCCAUCGCUGUUUGUUGUGUGAAACAAUUGUGCGAGUCGGUUCUUGAGUCACUUGUUUCACAAUACGAGCAUCACUUCAACAGCAACCGAAACAUGAACAAAGAUCAUAUUAAUGAAGAGUUCUUUAUUUCAGUCAACGGCCCAAAUCUUGCCCAUUGCAAUAGUGUAGUUGAAGAAGCAAUGGACAGUUACUGGAAGCAAAAAGACUGGCACUUCUACAGAACAUCACUGUUGGAUCAUCUCAAGGACUGGGAUGGUGAUUCUAAAGUUUUAAAUCGACUUUUUAAUGAAAAGAGCAAGUUCCCAUUCAUGGAAUGA